AUGCAGGAGGCCUCCGGGCCUGAAGGCACGGACCCUGGAGAGGAGGAGGAGGAGGAGGAGACACCCCUUGUCUCCUUGUCCUGCUGGGGGACCCUCCACAAGGUGCUGCAGGAGCUGCCUGGACCCCCGAUCCUGGUAGCUUCCGGGGCUGUCUUGAUGGGGGCCCAGGGCAGGCAGGCAGGCCCUCGCGCAGCCCCUGCUGCUGUCCAUGUGACUGCCAUGCUACCCUGCCGGAAGCGCUGCCUAUGCCGCUCAGCCCAGGUACUGGUGGGACUCCUGUGCAGCCUGGCCACCCUCUUGGUGCUUGGCUUCCUGACUGGCAGCCACCACGAGGAGCUGCUCUCACGCUCGCUGCCCUUCUGGAUGGGCGACAUUGUGGGGCAGCAACACAUAGGCAACCUGCUUCUGCCGCCACCCAAUGCUUUCCCACUGUCCCCAUCACCCUGUACCCUGACCGACCCCUGGCUAUUGGUCCUAGUGGCCAGUGCACCUGGACAUGCAGCCCGGCGGGCGGUGGUGCGGCAAAGCUGGGCGGUUGCGAGGGUGGCAGCGGGGCACCGUGUGCGCACAGUCUUCAUGUUGGGUCUGCCCGGGGAUGAAGCACAGCAGGCAGCACUGGAGCACGAGGCGGCCGAGUACAGUGACCUGUUGCAGGCACGCUUUGCUGACACCUAUGCAAACCUAACGUUGAAGACGCUGGCAAUGCUGGGCUGGGCCGUUGCCCAUUGCCCUGCUGCCCACUUCCUGGUCAAGGCUGAUGAUGACGUCUUCCUCAACCUGCCUGCCCUGGCGCGACGCCUGGAUCAGCUGGCCAGUCUGCCUGCUGCCUACCUGGGCCAGGUCUACUCGAACGUGGCACCCAUCCGCAAUCCGCAGAGCCGGCACUACGUGCCCACCUCACUCUACCUGGAACCCACUUUCCCACCCUACUGCAGCGGCACCGCCUAUGUGCUUUCUGCCCCAGCUGCUGCCGCUGUCCUGGGUGCUGCCCACCAGCUGCCGCUGCUGCCUGUGGAGGAUGUGUUUGUGGCGCUGUGCGCCCGCCAUGCUGGCAUUGCCCCGCGCCAUGUGGACCAUUUUUCCGGGGCUUCUCACUACCCGCUCGAUGCCUGCUGCUAUCGGGAGGUGCUCUUCAGUGUGCACGAAGUGGCGCCUGCCGAGAUGCUGGCCAUGUGGGAGGCAUCUGAGCACCUGUGCACCACCUGGCAGCGUUUCCUUGGCCUGGCCCGCUGCAAGGUACUGGCCUGGCUAGCCAUGGAGGAUAACCCGUGA